UUUCUCCCCUUUCUCCUCUCAAAGCUCCAAUCCAUGGAUUCCUCCUUCCAUGCUCUCCCACCUUCCAAAAGAUUCAAGCUUCUCAACUCCCAACAACCCUCCUCUGACUCUCUCCCUUCUAAACAACCCAUUGAAUCCCCACUUCCUUUCAAUACCUUCUCCUCUUCUUGUUGUCUUCCUGCUAAGAAGCGUGUUUGGGCUCCUCUUCCUCUCUCUCCAAUCAAGCAUCAAGAUGAAGUACAUGCUAAUGGUGAAGCUGAUGAUGAAGAAGAUGAUGAUGAUGAUGAUGGAAUUGUAUGCUCUGUUUGUCAGAGCACUGAUGGUGAGCCAUUAAAUCCCAUUGUAAUUUGUGAUGGUUGUGAACUAAUGGUGCAUGCUUCUUGCUAUGGAAAUCCACUUCUAAAGUCAAUCCCAGAAGGUGAUUGGUUUUGCAUGCAAUGUGAGGAAAAGAACAAAUCUUGUAGCACUCCAUCUUGUUGUCUUUGUCCUGUAAAACAGGGAGCUUUAAAGCCUACAGUGGAUGGUAAUUGGGCUCACAUAGUGUGUGCAUUGUUAGUCCCUGAGGUUUUCUUCAAGGAUUCUGAAGGCAGGGAUGGGAUUGACUGUUCUUUAGUGCCACUGGGAAGGAAAGAAUUGGGUUGCUAUGUUUGUGAGAGUGUGGAUGGUUGUGCAGUGGAGUGUUCUGAGCCAAAGUGUGGAUUGGGAUUCCAUGUUUCUUGUGGGUUGGAGAAAGGUCUUUGUUUUGAGUUUAAGGAAGCCAAAUGUGGUGCUGUUGUUGCUGCCUUUUGUCAAGAUCAUACUCAACUUUGGGAGAAGCAACAAUUGACUGGAAAAUUCAGGAUUGUGCCAAGGAAGAUUUGAAACUGUAGUGUUUUUGGUUGUGGAUGUUAUUAGCUAAUUACUAUUUAUGCUUGUUUGAAUUUAGUUCUUAUUUAGUUUGGUUAUUGUUUUCUUUUUCCUAAUAUGUAAUUUUGGAUUAUUUGAUGAUUAAUGCAUGGUCUUUAUCUUAA